AAAGAGCCCUUGAUUCGAUUGAAAGGAACUGAAGCCUCAAAACCAAAACAAGCCUGUUCACUUUGCGGCACUUCCACGAAAACUGAGAGCACAAUGCCUGUCAAAUGGAGUGUGACAUUCCUGGGUUUUCUGUGGGAAAGCGGUAACUGCUUUUUUCAGUGUUUGGCUGUUGGUUUCAUGAGAUUUGAAUCCCACCCUCUAAUGAGUGAGCGAGUUUCUGCUGUCCACACUGUUCCCUGACCGAGCUGUGUCGGAGAACCAGGCUUCGGCUUUCUUCUGUGAAUCUCUCAGCUCUUUUUUUUUUUUUGCAGAAUGAGGUUUUCCGCAUCGUUUUUAUGCUUCCUAAUUGGUCUUUUAGGACUAGGAGGGAUUCGCAGUUUGGUGUUCAUGGAAGAUGAGGGGGAGGAACCGGAGGAUAGAGACCUGAGCAAAGCUAUUUUGGAGAUGCUGCACAUAAAUAAACUGUCGGCACCUCAGCAAGCAAAGCCACACCCCUACAUGAAGCACGUUUACCAGUCCUUGGACACACAGGAGAGAGACCCGAGUGGGGCAGAUGGAACUCUUGUACAGAGUUUCCGGAGCAUUGAAGAUUCAAAGUACGGCACUCCAGGAUGGAUCUGGUUCAACAUGUCCCAGCUGAGUCCCUUCAUGAGGGUUGCAGAGCUGGUCCUGCUGAGGAAGACUCUUCAUCACAAGCCGCUUAGUGUGACGGUCACAGUACAUAGUCUUUCACCAGGAAAAGAUAACCUGAGCAUUAGUGGCCCUCUUGUAGAGCACUUAUUGAGUCUGGACCGGGUUCCUCCAACAGGCUAUGACGUUUUUGACGUGACAGCUGCAAUAACCCAGCCACCGAGCCACUCAGAUAUCCUGGGCUUCCAGCUUCGCUUUGGGGAUGAGAGCGGCAGCCUGGUUCUCCACGAAGCCCUCACACAGAGCCUCUACUGCUUGAAUGGCAGCUCUCUUCGCCAGCCGCUUUUAGUGGUCUACAGGAGCAAAUCAAUGGAGCUAAAGCAGAGGGCUUCAGGAGUGAGUUCAGAACACAGGCAGAGCUGCAUGGUCAGCUCAGAAUAUGAGAGACAGCAAAUGCAUUUGAGACAUGGGAGACAUGUAGCUGCAUGCAAGCUGUAUGUACAUCAUGUCGACCUUCAUACGAGCAAGUUGAGUCAAUGGAUACUGCAGCCAUCCAGUUUCAACAUAAGUAUUUGUAGAGGUAUCUGUUUGAAAGAAAUGUCUGCGUCACCCAUGCCUGUUCAGAGACAAAGAAAACGCCACAGAGAAAAUGAUUUACUUCAAAGAUCAAACUGCACUCCACAAGGACUGUCAUCUCUCAUCGUGAUGUACAACAGUGACACUGCGGAUAUUAUUAUAAAGGAGCUAAAGGAUAUCAGAGCAGAGAGAUGUGUGUGCCAAACAACUGCUCAAUGAAGAGGACUGCAAAAAUAAUCAAACUUAAGUUUGUGAAGUAUUUGAGAACAUGACCAGUGUAGGAAGAAGUAGCCUAUGUGAACCCUUGGAUUAUGCAUUUCUGCAUUGGUCAUAAUAUUUGAUUUGAACAGAA